AUCUUUGUGCCUGGCAAAUUGGGUUUUGCGCAGUGUAGACCUAAAGAAAGAAUCGUGACGGGCAGGAAACCAUUACAACUGCUCCCAGGCUGUGCUCUCCGACUGCUGCCGCCACCCCCGCCCUCGCCCCUGGUGCAUGUUAAAGAUCCAAAACCAUGACUGACUCCAAGUACUUCACCACCAAUAAAAAGGGGGAAAUCUUUGAAUUAAAAGCUGAACUCAAUAAUGAAAAGAAAGAAAAGAGGAAGGAGGCUGUGAAGAAAGUCAUUGCUGCUAUGACUGUGGGAAAAGAUGUGAGCUCUCUCUUUCCAGAUGUAGUGAACUGUAUGCAGACUGACAACCUGGAACUAAAGAAGCUUGUGUAUCUCUACUUGAUGAACUAUGCCAAGAGUCAGCCAGACAUGGCUAUCAUGGCUGUCAACAGCUUCGUGAAGGACUGUGAAGAUCCCAAUCCUUUGAUUCGGGCCUUGGCAGUUAGAACCAUGGGAUGCAUCCGGGUGGAUAAGAUUACAGAAUAUCUCUGUGAGCCCCUCCGCAAGUGCUUGAAAGAUGAAGACCCCUAUGUUCGAAAAACGGCAGCAGUCUGUGUGGCAAAACUCCAUGAUAUCAAUGCCCAAAUGGUGGAAGAUCAAGGAUUUCUGGAUUCUCUACGGGAUCUCAUAGCUGAUUCAAAUCCAAUGGUGGUGGCUAAUGCUGUAGCAGCAUUGUCUGAAAUCAGUGAGUCUCACCCAAACAGCAACUUACUCGAUUUAAACCCACAGAAUAUUAAUAAGCUGCUGACAGCCCUGAAUGAGUGCACUGAAUGGGGCCAGAUUUUCAUCCUGGACUGCCUGUCUAAUUACAACCCUAAAGAUGACCGGGAAGCUCAGAGCAUCUGUGAGCGGGUAACUCCCCGGCUAUCACAUGCCAACUCAGCAGUGGUGCUUUCAGCAGUAAAGGUCCUAAUGAAAUUUCUAGAAUUGCUACCCAAGGACUCUGACUACUACAAUAUGCUGCUGAAGAAGUUAGCUCCUCCACUUGUGACACUGCUGUCUGGAGAGCCAGAAGUGCAAUAUGUCGCCCUGAGGAACAUCAAUCUAAUUGUCCAGAAAAGACCUGAAAUCUUGAAGCAGGAAAUCAAAGUCUUCUUUGUGAAGUACAAUGAUCCUAUCUAUGUUAAACUAGAGAAGUUGGACAUCAUGAUUCGCCUGGCAUCCCAAGCCAACAUUGCUCAGGUUCUAGCAGAACUGAAGGAAUAUGCCACUGAGGUAGAUGUUGACUUUGUUCGAAAAGCUGUUCGAGCCAUUGGACGAUGUGCCAUCAAAGUAGAGCAAUCUGCAGAGCGCUGUGUAAGCACAUUGCUUGAUUUAAUCCAGACAAAAGUAAAUUAUGUGGUCCAAGAAGCAAUUGUUGUCAUCAGGGACAUCUUCCGCAAAUACCCCAACAAGUAUGAAAGUAUUAUUGCCACACUCUGUGAAAACUUAGACUCCCUAGAUGAGCCAGAUGCUCGAGCAGCUAUGAUUUGGAUUGUGGGAGAAUAUGCUGAGAGAAUUGACAAUGCAGAUGAGUUACUAGAGAGCUUCUUGGAGGGUUUUCAUGAUGAAAGUACUCAGGUGCAGCUUACUCUGCUUACUGCCAUAGUGAAGCUGUUCCUCAAGAAGCCAUCAGAAACACAGGAGUUGGUCCAGCAAGUCUUAAGUUUGGCCACACAGGAUUCUGAUAAUCCUGACCUUCGAGAUCGGGGCUACAUCUAUUGGCGCCUUCUCUCAACUGAUCCUGUGACUGCCAAAGAAGUAGUCUUAUCUGAGAAGCCCCUCAUCUCUGAAGAGACAGACCUCAUUGAGCCAACUCUACUGGAUGAGCUUAUCUGCCACAUUGGUUCUUUGGCCUCUGUGUACCAUAAACCUCCCAAUGCAUUUGUGGAAGGGAGUCAUGGGAUCCAUCGCAAACACUUGCCAAUUCAUCAUGGGAGCACUGAUGCAGGUGACAGCCCUGUUGGCAACACCACUGCAACCAACCUGGAGCAGCCUCAGGUUAUCCCCUCUCAAGGUGAUCUUCUCGGGGAUCUUUUAAAUCUUGACCUCGGUCCCCCUGUCAAUGUGCCACAGGUGUCAUCCAUGCAGAUGGGAGCUGUGGAUCUCUUGGGAGGAGGACUAGAUAGUCUGCUUGGCAGUGACCUUGGCGGGGGCAUUGGAGGAAGUCCGGCAGUGGGACAGUCCUUUAUCCCAUCAUCAGUGCCUGCAACCUUUGCUCCUUCACCUACUCCUGCUGUGGUCAGCAGUGGUCUCAAUGACCUCUUUGAACUCUCCACGGGGAUAGGCAUGGCACCUGGAGGAUAUGUGGCUCCUAAGGCUGUCUGGCUACCUGCAGUGAAGGCUAAGGGCUUGGAGAUUUCAGGAACAUUCACUCACCGUCAAGGGCACAUCUAUAUGGAAAUGAACUUCACCAAUAAAGCUCUGCAACAUAUGACAGACUUUGCAAUCCAGUUCAACAAGAAUAGCUUUGGUGUCAUUCCAAGCACUCCUCUGGCCAUCCAUACCCCACUGAUGCCAAACCAGAGCAUUGAUGUCUCCCUGCCUCUCAACACCUUGGGCCCAGUCAUGAAGAUGGAACCUCUGAAUAAUCUGCAGGUGGCUGUUAAAAACAAUAUUGAUGUCUUCUACUUCAGCUGCCUCAUCCCACUCAAUGUGCUCUUUGUAGAAGAUGGUAAAAUGGAGCGCCAGGUCUUUCUUGCAACAUGGAAGGAUAUUCCUAAUGAAAACGAACUCCAGUUUCAGAUUAAGGAAUGCCAUUUAAAUGCUGAUACUGUUUCCAGCAAGUUGCAAAACAAUAAUGUCUACACUAUUGCCAAGAGGAAUGUGGAAGGGCAGGACAUGCUGUACCAAUCCCUGAAGCUCACUAAUGGCAUUUGGAUUUUGGCCGAGCUGCGUAUUCAGCCAGGAAACCCUAAUUACACGCUGUCGCUGAAGUGUAGAGCUCCUGAAGUCUCUCAAUACAUCUAUCAGGUCUACGACAGCAUUUUGAAAAACUAAUAAACUGAUCCAGUAACCCCAGCCACCCUGUGAUCGGUGCAGACCAAGAACUCUUUAACUGGAAAGACAUUGUACUGUUGUGUAGAAUCCUAACCCAGUCAAUCAUAAUGCAGCCACCCACCCUGGUAGUGACCAGUCUACCCUGUGCUGACAUUAAGCAUACCCUGUUGGAUAGUUUUUAGCUUCCUGUGAGCAUUUGUAGCCACUGCUUCAGUCACUUCUCAACCUCUGCACUUCUCCAUCCUUGCUUGUGAGCUUUUCCAGGCUGUGCCGAAUGGCUGGCUUUUUCUACACCUCUUUUGAGUGUAGUUUAAUAUUUUGUAAUUGAAAGCGCAUUUCAAAAGCAGAAAGGACAACAAAUAUUAAAGCAAGGAAAAGUGUCACUGAAACAUAAACUGCACUUUAUUGUUUUAUACUUUUGUACAUAUGAGAAAUUGAGGUGGAAUAACCAGAAGAAAGUGUUGAAACAACUGACCACUUUUAACUGCAGUCUUAGAGGAAGAGAUACAAUGACCACCCGACUCUGUGAGGACCUUUUAUCUGUUGCAGCCUUGUCCCUGGUCAUUUGGAUUCUCAGAGGUGGUAGUUUAGGUUUUUAUUCCUCUCCAAACUCCAAACCUUCACACUUCCCUUGCCUCUUACCUCAUUGCUCCACAAUGGCAUUUCAUUGAAUGGUGCUUCAGGGUGCAAGAAGUAUAGGGCCUGGCCUGUCAACUCCAAAACUGAGAGAAGUUAGAGUUUUCUGCAUUCCUUUCCACCAAACUAACAUUGGCAAUUAAGGAGGCUAAGUAGAGAUGGAAAACAGGAACCAAAAUGCCCUCUCCCAACCUUGUUCCCUGUAUUUUUCAGGUCCAAAUCAGAUCAAAUCAGACAGAUUCACCAUUGAAAUAGACUUUGAUGGCUUAGCCAAUCCCAUCUUUCUAUGAAGGAGAAAGCUAACCGGGACAAAUGUCAUUGUUUCUGAGGCUUGUCAGCUAUCAGGUAGCAGAGCUGAGGCUGCUCCAGCCCUGCUGUUUUCACUGCAGGACUGUCUCCUGCUGUUGCUUUCCUCAAUGCCCUCCUCUUUUCCUUUCCCUGCCCCUUUCUGCUCUGUAGCUCUUAUCUCCUCCAUGCUGACUUUGGCACCAUGUCUGUUCAGUGGCGUUGGAUAGCAGCAGAGCAUCUUUUCAGUCACUUAAAUGUAUAUACAAUGCCAGAAUAAAGGGGUGGCUAAUGUUUUUUGAGGCCAGCUGGCAGGUACAUAGAGGAAGUGAACUGAGAGAUGUCUGUUUAUCUUCUACAUGACUUGAGCUCCAAAACAAAUUAGGAUCAUCCUGGAAGGUCAGGUAGUUCUUGUCAUUUUUCAGAGGCCUUGGAGAUGUGAAAAUCUUCUCCCAGACACAUCAAGGAUGAUUUGUC